AGCCCUUCUGAUGGACUGCAGCCUGCCGCGACUGCGACUUUGCUCGAUUCAUCUUGUUCCUGGUCGCCAUGUGCCAUACCGUCGCCACUCUCUUAGUCGCCCCUCUCGUCGUUGCUGCCCCUAUCAUCAUCGCCGCCGCCACCAUCGCCUACGAGAAGUGCAACAUCGUUCUUUCCGCAUUGCACACGUUCAAGCUGCUGUCCAAUGACCCGCACGUGUCGAGGGCCGUCCUCACGAUCAGCAAGGUCCAGGGUGCGAGUCAGCUUUACAAUUAUCUGCGGUACACCGGCCGACCAUACCCAGUUGCGCAGGGAUCGUUGCAGCCUUUCUCGUCAUGCGGCCAACGUUGCGCACGGCGGCCUGUGGAGUCCGACAUGGGUGGCAAUGACGCCGGCCGGUCUGCUGUCUUUUCUUCCGUGUGAAUCAUGCCUGGUGAUACCCUCUGCUCGUUGCAUGU